AUGCUUGAUGCGGAAGUCACAGUGACAGCACUGCCCACAUCCCAUCCCGAAUCUGCAAAAUCAGCGUCUGCUCUCAUCCGUGACGGGAAAGUUACUCUUCUCGGAUUGACGCCCAACACUCUGUACACAGUGAAUGUGACGAUUGUUCAAAAUGAAGAGGUACUUGUGGAGUCCAAGGAUUCCAUUAGAACACGACAUCAAGAUGUUGCAAGAGAAAGAACAAUGGAUGAAGUUGACGAGUCUCCGGUGCCGUUUUAUGACGUGUAUGUGAACUCUCAGGCCAUUCGUCUGACCUGGGAGCCAGACACUAUGAAGGAGAUGGCCGAAGAAGAAGUCGUACUGAUGUUAUGGAAGAAGUCAGAACCACGUACCCUCAAGACCGAACAUGCACUCAUCAGUGAUGGAGAAGUCACUCUCGAUGGUCUGGCACCCGCCACAUUGUACACGAUGACUGUGACAGUGACUCAAAAAGGGAAGCCGGAUUGGAGGUUCAGUCAGGACAUUGAAACACCGAGUACAGGUAAACGAGAACACUCGAGCAGACUCCACUUGGUGGCCUAA